GAAGUAGCGGACGCCAUUUUGUGUUUUUUAAUGGGAUGAGGGCUAUGUGUGCGCGUUUGGAAAUAGUUUUUUUUAAAUUAAAUUCAGCGACUGAACCCGUUGGGUGGUAGGUUGUGCGUGUUUAAGUACUGUCAGAGGUUGUGUGCGCCGGUAAUCCUUCCCACGGGCGAGGGCACAUUGAUGUUGAGAUCUUUUCUGCAGUAAGUAGUAGCGAGCAGCAGCGAGAUGGCUAACAAAACGGCCAUUGGAAACCACCAGCAACAGCAGCAAGCGGGGGGAAGUGUUAAGCCGGCCUCCUCUAUUAAACAGGGCAACGUGCUGCCAUUAUGGGGCAACGAGAAGACCAUGAACCUCAACCCGCUUAUUCUCACCAAUAUCCUCUCUUCACCCUACUUUAAAGUGCAGUUGUAUGAACUGAAAACCUACCACGAGGUUGUGGAUGAGAUCUAUUUCAAGGUCACUCAUAUUGAACCAUGGGAGAAAGGGAGCAGGAAGACUGCAGGUCAGACAGGCAUGUGCGGAGGGGUACGGGGUGUUGGAACAGGGGGCAUUGUUUCCACUGCCUUUUGUCUACUGUACAAGCUGUUUACCCUGAAGUUAACUCGUAAACAAGUGAUGGGUCUAAUAACACACACUGACUCUCCGUACAUCCGAGGUUUAGGAUUCAUGUAUAUUCGGUACACACAGCCCCCAGCUGAUUUGUGGGAUUGGUAUGAGCCUUUUUUAGAUGAUGAAGAGGAACUAGAUGUAAAGGCUGGUGGAGGAUGCGUCAUGACAAUAGGAGAGAUGAUUCGUUCUUUCCUUACUAAACUAGAAUGGUUUUCUACCUUAUUCCCAAGAAUUCCAGUUCCUGUUCAAAAGAAUUUGGACCAGUAUCUUAAAACUCGACCAAGGAAAAUUGCCAAAAAGGAUGGGAAGGACAGUAUGGAAGAGCCAGAGCGCCUCUCAGAGCGUAGACAUUCGAGAUCACCAAGAAGAUCUCUUACUCCUCGCAAAUCUCCUAGGCGAUCUAGAAGCAGAAGCCGUCAUAGAGAAGGCCAUGGCUCUUUUGGUUUUGAUAAGGAAUUAGAGAGGGAGAGAGAACGGCAGAAAAGGGAACGAGAACAGAUAAAAGACAGAGAACGAAGUGAGAAAGAUAGACAUAAAUCUAGAAGCACAGACAGAGGUUUAGACCGUAAACGGAGCAGAAGCAGAGACCACCACAGAAGUCGAAGUAGAGAUAAAAGAAGUGAUAAAAAAGAUAGAGAUAAAGAGAGGGAGAAGGAAAAUGAAAGAAAUAGAAGGCGAGAUAAAGAUUAUGAAAAGGACAAAGAAAGAGUGAGUGAUCGAGACAGGGACAGAAAUGUUGAGAGAGAUUCUGAGAGAUCUAGAGACCGGGAUAAAAGAAGCCAAUCAAAGACUGAAGACAGAAAACGUAAGGAAGAAAAAAGAGAAAAAGAUGAAAAGAGGCAUAAAGAUGAUAAAAAGGAUUCAAAAAAAGAUAAAAGGCAUAGUAGAAGCAGGAGCAGAGAGAAAAGACAUAGAAGCAGUAGUCCUGGUAGGGGUCAUGUCAGCAAACGUAGUAGAAGCAAAAGCAAAGAGAAAUCGAAACAUCGAAAUGAACAUAAAGAAAAGUCAAACAAAAGAAGCAUUAGCAGAGAAAGGACUGAUGAGAAUAAUGGUGAACGGAUAAAGAAACAGCGUAGUCAUAGCAAAGAGAAAGCUCACAAACGCAGUGAAAGUAAAGAACGAUCUCACAAACAAAGUCACAGUGACGGUAAGGACCAUUCAAGUAAACCAAGCCGUCGAAGUCUCAGCCCAGAAAGAGAGAACAAAAGUAAUGUGGAAGGAUUAUUGCAAGGCAAUACCACUGACAAUGACUGAAAUAUUACUUAAAUCUCUAAUUGUACAGUGAAUAAAUUGUUUUGCUUUUGAAUAUUUUUCUUUUUAAAAAAAUUGAAUUAUGCUAUGGCUAGGAUAAACACGUCUUCAAAUUCCAGUAGCCUGCAGAUGAUAUUUCCUGUUCGUAGGAAGUGCCUUCGGUAUCCAACUGUUCAACUUACCAUUGUAAUUCAAGACCAACUUUAUUCUGUACAAUGUAGUUGAUACAAAUUUGUUUUUGUUUGAAAUAAUGUUUUUGCAAGUAUACUAUGUACAUAUGUUCUGAGAGUUUUAAUCAUUGGCACAACUGCCAUGUUGGUUCAUUUUGUAUGAUGGGCAAUAAACUGCCAAUACUUAAAACAGUUGUGUUAAUAUGUUAAUAGCAUUUAUGUCUGACAUAUGUGCUCCUGAGUGGAUAUCUCCAAGUUCAACAGGAUUGUACUGGUAUUUCUAUUUAUUUGACAAGACUGUGCAAACCUUCAAGUUUUUAAACAAAGGAAGUGGAUAGUGGUACCUGGUUAAAAGAAGUAAAACGGCAGUUGGAGAUGAAGAGGUCGAGGGAGGGUAGGAGGCCUGGGGUGGUGUAAAAAAAGUAAAACGGCAGUUGGAGAUGAAGAGGUCGAGGGAGGGUAGGAGGCCUGGGGUGGUGUAAAAAAAGUAAAACGGCAGUUGGAGAUGAAGAGGUCGAGGGAGGGUAGGAGGCCUGGGGGUCUCUGAUGAAGGGUCUAGCCCCGAAACGUCAGCUUUUGUGCUCCUGAGAUGCUGCUUGGCCUGCUGUGUUCAUCCAGCCUCACAUUUUAUUAUCUUGAAGUGGAUAGUGGCAUCUUAUUUGGGACAUUGAGACAAAAUUAGUAUUUCUCUCCAUGGCAUUCGUGCAAAUAAUCUUCAUAGAAGUAGCUAACUUUAAAAAAAAGCAGCAUUGGAGAUGUAUGACCUUGUGUGAAUCAGGAAGUUAGACUUGGCUCCUUCAGUAAUAUGCAGUGAAAACUUUGUAAGGAUUUCUUUCAGCAUUGCAUUUUCAUCUUCUAGCUUGGCUAAUGAUGUGUUUGUUCUUUUAAAAUAUCAGAACAUAUUGAGUUCCAUAACAUGACCUUCAGCAUGGAUCUAUUUAAUUUAAGUUUUAAUGAAUUAAAUAUAAUAGUUUCAAGCUUAAAUGCACUUUUAGAAAACCAUUGUAGCUUGGUUAUAGGAGGAAUGCAUUGAUCCAUUUUACAUGUUUUAUUUUGAGAUGUUAGAGAGAGUAUUUUAAUGGUUGAACAGAUAUUUUUCAUGGUCCUGGGAUGUUUUUGGGCUUCAGAAGGUCUGUCUAUUUAUUGUGAUGUGCUGAAAACUUUUAAUAUAAUAUUGGACAAAGGCUGUCUUGAUCCAGUAAAGCAAUUUUGAUUUUUGUAGCUUUCUUUUUGAAAACAUAUUUACGUUGACCCUAUGUACUAUAUCAAUCAUUGGCAGUA